AUGGAUGAACUUUUAGAACAACAGGGGAAGAUAAUAGAUCAAAUAUGUGAUGAUAUGAUGGAGUCCCCUAUGCAAGGCAAUAUGGAAUUAUCGGAUGGCAAUUCUGACGGCCAAGAACAUGAAUGCGAAAACGAAGUUACUUUGAUAUUGGAUGAAUUGGCGGCAAAAUUUACUGGAUUGGCAAAUUCCAAGAAUGAUUCUGCUAUGGAUGAUGAUGAGGAGGGAGCAAUACAGGAGGACUUUGUCCCUUUCCUACGCAUAUCGCAUGAUUGCCCCCCUUCACAGAGUCUGCACAUACUAAAUUUGCCUCCGGAAAUGGACUUAGAGGUUCUCAACAAUUUAUUAUUGCUGCACCCGCAAUUGUUUAAGAAAUCUUUCACCUUCGAAACCAACAAACUGCACGUCAUUUGCCGUUCAUUGGCCAUAGCUAAGACAGCUCGGGAUAAAUUGGAUGGACUUGUGCUUAUGAAUAGGGAAAUUCAAGUUGUAUAUGCCCCUAGGGUAGAUUCAACAAAUAUGUUUGGACUGAGCAAAUUAGCUGCGCCUCCGCCGCCACUUCCACCCGAGGCACAGCCCAAUUACAUGUUUGGACGAGGAGGACCAGCAUACAAUUCCAGCAUUUUACCCCUUCCCAAUUUCAAGUCCAAUCCUUCAUUAUUUGGCAUGGGAAUACCGCCGCCUCCGCCCAACGGCCCGCCAUCGCACCUCUUUAAGAACAAGGACAAGUAUAUUCUAGACAACAAAAAGACAAUACUUUCCCUUCUAAACAACCCCUCUCCUUCCCAAUGGAAUGAGACGCAAUCCAUUAUUGAUAGGCACCAAGAGUUUACUGACUUGCACAAGAAACACGGUUUUGUUCAAAGGUAUUUGUUGCUACAAGAUUUGAAUGCAUCAGUUGUGACUCCUGAUUUGGAAACUUGGAUUAAAAAUUCUUGUGGCUACCCCUACCCCCAAGUACAUUUAUUUGACCCUGCAGAUUUAACCAACGGAAAAUUGCUCGAUUUAAAUGAAACGCAGCAGGGGAUCCCCGAAAAUUUUACGUUGCACUUGUGUUUCAAUACAAGGAAGCAAUCAUUGGAUGCACAUAGAUCUUUGAUUGAAUUACACCCAGAUCUGUCAAUACAGCACACUGCCCCUUAUUUGCCCACGAAUACAUUAUGGAUCGGAAAUUUGGGAGACAUUUUGAGGUUAAAUUCGGACGUAUCACAAGUGAAGGAGUUGUUAGGAUCUUUUGGCACAAUUACAAAUUUUAAGUGCUUGAAUGAGAGUAAUUGUGUGUUUGUCUCAUACCAAGACAUACAAUCUGCAAUAAAGGCCAGAAAUCAGCUGUUGGCAGUGCCACUGUCAGCUUCUUCACAUUCUAGCAACGUCAUGAAUGUCGAUUUUUCGUCGUCUUUUAUCACUGUAAUGGCAAAAAAUCAACAGCGCAGUCUCAUAGAUCAGGAAUCAAAUGGAGAUAUUGAACAACGACUAAUUUCGGCACUAAAAGCCACGCCGGAAGGCGAAAAACUACUGGAAGAAUUUCUUUCAGGCUCCUCUAAGCACUCUAGUAUACAUGAUUUGGUGUCUACGUUACACAAUGGCAAUCGACCGAGGUACGAUGACCAGAGGAGCGGCAGCGAUAGGUUUAGGAGGGACAGAUACGAUAGGCAAAGAGGCAGAGGUUACAGCGAAAGGAGAUCGGAUGGAGAUUUUGACAGGUACAAUGCGCCCAGAGUUGAUAGGUUUGGUCGUAUGAUUAGGGAUUCAUACCCGAAGGAUUCAUUUGACACCACGCCGAGGAAGAGGACUCCACCAUCCAUCGAGAUUGAUACAACAAAUUUGAAAAGGGCAAAACACCAGUCCAUUGUGUGCCAAUUGCUCAAAAGAGGCAAAGAAAUUUGCAAAGUAUCUGCAGUGUUUAUAUCUGGAGAUUCCACUAUUUACAUACCCCAAACGUUGGAUGUCAACCAGCGCGCACAUCCUGAGCGCUUGUCCACCCUAUUGGAUAAGUCUGCAAGGGUUUCUCUAUGGCAAUUGGGGGCUGAUACCAGGCAGGAUAGCGUCCAGUACGAUAAACUUUGUGAUUACUUGAUAACCAAGAAUAGGGUGGCAUUGUUGCAACACGAUAAUCUGCAGGUUUACAUCGUACCACCGUGCGACAAGUAUAUUGACACUUUAAAGGUCCCUGAUGCCAAUUUUAUGUACUGCUACCUCAUUCCUGGCGAACCCUGUUCUUUGUCUGUGGAUGAACAAAAUUAA